AUGUUUCCUGUCUAUGAUACGGUUUGUGUUAUGUUGGAAAAAUCGUUUUCUCAAUGGAGUAAUGAUGAUAAAAAAGACUUUUUAAACUCCGAAAAACCUUCUCCGAUAUUAAAUAUAAUCGGCCUGGUCAUCUCCCUGCUCUAUCUAUUGAGCGCAGUAUUCGCACUGAGAAUUGGCGGUAUUUUGGCAUUUCAAGCUGAUCUAGACUCGAUUUAUCAUGUUAUCAAACAACAACAAAAACGAAAUAACAUAAAGAUAACUCUCACCAUAACUGAUCCUGGUGUUGGAUGUCUGAGCACGAGCACAUCAGAGUAUCCCGCCAUUACGGCAAUAGAGUCUUCCAAAGUCUCUCCUUUCUUUACCGACGAGCUGGUUUCGUCCAUGACUAGGCCAUGCAGCCAGAAACUAGAUUCUGAAGAUUCUGAAGAUUCUGAAGAUUCUGAAGAUUCUGAAGAUUCUGAAGAUUCUGAAGAUUCUGAAGAUUCUGAAGAUUCUGAAGAUUCUGAAGAUUCUGAAGAUUCCGAAGAUUCUGAGGACUCUGAAGAUUCUGAAAAAUCUGAAGAAACUGAAAAUUCUGAAAAUUCUGAAAAUUCUGAAAAUUCUGAAAAUUCUGAAAAUUCUGAAAAUUCUGAAAAUUCUGAAAAUUCUGAAAAUUCUGAAAAUUCUGAAAAUUCCGAAAUUCUGAAAAUUCGUCUCAGCGCACUUCUUAGCCAAAAUCAGCGACUCCUCGUCAACAAUAGCCGGAUCGGUGUUGGGCAUCGCACAAAUAAGCGUGACACCUCCCGCCAAAGCGGCCGCGGUACAGCUGGAAAAGUCUUCCUUGUGCGUAGCUCCAGGUUCUCUAACGUGGACAUGAGCAUCGAUGAAGCCUGGAAGUUUCAGGAGUCUUCGCGAACUAAUGCAGUCCGUAUGGGUUUCAUCGAAGGUGGGGUGGUUCCUAUCAGCCUCAGAGCCUACCAAGUAAUAGAGUAG